UUUUUUUAAGUAUGAGGAAUAAAGACAUGAAUCCGAAGACAGCCUUUUGUCAGCAUCAAUGUCCUGGGCUGGGAAACAUGAGCAUCUUAACAAUGGCGCCCUGUUGGAAGUGGAGAGAGCGGAGAGGCCGACGGGGGUGGGGGUAGAGGGGCGGCGUUCUCCCAGCUUCGGACGCGCCCCGUGCACCACAGGAUGCGCUGUAACCAAGGCAACGGCGCCUCAAUUUGCAAAGGUGAGGAAGCCGGCUUCCCUCCUCAGGUCUACUAGAUGCCUGUAUGGCGGCCGAGCAGGAGCAGGAACUCGCCCAGCCACUUGCACCUCGCCACCUCGGCGCGAGCGCCCGCGGCCUCGGACUACCUCAGGUCGCUAGUACCUCUGCCGGUAUGGUCUGAAUAUGCGUUGCCUGGCAGCUCGGGUCAACUACAAGACUUUGAUUGUCAUCUGCGCACUCUUCACCCUGGUCACAGUACUUCUGUGGAAUAAGUGUUCCAGUGACAAGACGAUCCAGUUUCCACGGCACCUGAGUAGUGGCCUCAGAGUGGAUGGACUCGAGAAGAGGGCAGUGGCGUCUGAGAGCGACAGCUACGUGAAGCACCUGGCCCGACAGCAGUCCGAGGAGGCCUUCCCUCCCGAGCAGCAGAAAGCGCCCCCUGUCGUGGGAAACAAGGUGUUGGGGCUCAAGUAUGAAGAAAUCGACUGUCUCAUAAAUGAUGAACACACAAUUAAAGGGAGACGAGAGGGGAAUGAAGUCUUUCUUCCAUUCACUUGGGUGGAGAAAUAUUUCGAUGUUUAUGGGAAGGUGGUCCAGUACGAUGGCUACGAUCGGUUUGAGUUCUCUCACAGCUACUCCAAGGUUUAUGCGCAGAGAGCCCCUUACCACCCCGACGGUGUGUUCAUGUCCUUCGAAGGCUACAACGUGGAAGUCCGAGACAGAGUCAAGUGCAUCAGUGGGGUUGAAGGUGUGCCAUUAUCUACACAGUGGGGACCUCAAGGGUAUUUCUACCCAAUCCAGAUUGCACAGUACGGGCUGAGUCAUUACAGCAAGAAUCUGACCGAGAAGCCGCCGCACAUAGAGGUCUAUGAGACAGCAGAGGACAGGGACAAGGGCAGCAAGGCUAGCGACUGGACCGUGCCCAAGGGCUGCUUUAUGGCCAGUGUGGCUGACAAGGCCAGAUUCACCAAUGUGAAGCAGUUCAUUGCUCCAGAAACCAGUGAAGGUGUGUCCUUGCCACUGGGAAACACGAGAGACUUUAUCAUCUCAUUUGACCUCAAGUUCUUGACAAACGGGAGCGUGUCCGUGGUUCUAGAGACAACGGAGAAGAACCAGCUCUUCACCGUGCACUACGUCUCCAACACCCAGCUAAUAGCUCUCAAAGACAGAGACGUUUACUACGGCAUCGGGCCCAGAACCUCGUGGAGUACAGUCACCAGGGACCUGGUCACGGACCUCAGGAAAGGAGUGGGUCUUUCCAACACAAAAGCCGUCAAGCCAACCAAAAUCAUGCCCAAAAAGGUGGUCAGGCUGAUCGCCAAAGGGAAGGGCUUCCUCGACAACAUCACCAUCUCCACCACAGCGCACAUGGCCGCCUUCUUCGCCGCAAGUGACUGGCUGGUGAGGAAUCAGGAUGAGAGAGGCGGCUGGCCGAUAAUGGUGACCCGCAAGUUAGGGGAAGGGUUCAAGUCUUUAGAGCCAGGGUGGUACUCUGCCAUGGCCCAAGGGCAAGCCAUUUCUACGCUCGUCAGGGCCUAUCUGUUAACAAAAGACCACAUCUUCCUCAAUUCAGCUUUAAGGGCGACAGCCCCUUACAAGUACCUGUCGGAGCAGCACGGAGUGAAGGCCGUUUUCAUGAACAAACACGACUGGUAUGAAGAAUACCCAACCACACCCAGCUCCUUCGUCCUGAACGGCUUUAUGUAUUCUUUAAUUGGGCUGUACGACUUAAAAGAAACUGCAGGGGAAAAACUCGGCCAAGAAGCGAGGUCCUUGUACGAGCGUGGCAUGGAGUCCCUGAAAGCCAUGCUCCCUCUGUAUGACACCGGCUCGGGCACCAUCUAUGACCUGCGACACUUCAUGCUGGGCAUCGCACCCAACCUGGCCCGCUGGGACUACCACACCACCCACAUCAACCAGCUGCAGCUGCUCAGCACCAUUGAUGAGUCACCCGUCUUCAAGGAGUUUGUCAAGAGGUGGAAGAGCUACCUGAAAGGCAGCAGGGCCAAGCACAACUAGGGCUGCCAGCCCGGAGCCUGCGCCAGCCUCUGCUACCCAUGGGAGCCCCGGGCUCCGGCCGGCAGGGCGUGGGCACGUUUUAAAAGGCUGUGCGCCGGCUGUUUGCGGAUGACAUCAGAGCCAUCAGUGACUCUUCAAGGCAGCCUUCUGAAGCACCUGCAUUCCACGAGCUGGCCUUUUAACUCAGGAAGUGGCCUUGAACGGAGAGUGUUUAGUCAGUGGGCCAUAACAAUGCCCUGGCCUGUUGCCACGUCCAGUUCCCCGGAUGGUCCAGACGUGCUGAGCUUGCCCAGGCCAGCCUAGGACAAAACUCUUUUAAAAUGUGAUUAUAUUUAUAUUUAUAUUGAAAGCAGACUUUGAAAACGAAGUGUGUGCUGUCAUUCCGUAACUGUGUCUUCGUAGCCUGGAUGGUGGGUCAUGUUCAGCUUCUUCUCUGUAGCUUCAUUUCUUGGGAGUCAGUGAGCUCUUGUUGCAUUUGUUCAAUUUGCUGAAUACAUGGAGAAUAUUUUGGAUUACGAUUUUCUUCAAAAUGUGCAAAUCAAAAACACACCCAGUGUUCAGGCGUCACAGUUCUAUAACGUAAGCACAACUAAAACAAAGUAUGUUGACUGCACAAGGGAUUACACAACGUUUCAGUUUUAUAAAACUUGACCUACAAUCAGUAAGAGUUUGAUAAUCAGUGUGUCCUUCCUGCACACCAUGGUGAUGCCGUCUGCUUGUCACUGUCUAGAACCCUGUUCUCUCCUCUCAGACUGCACCGGAGAGUCCUGUCCAUCUUGGGGACGUGAUUUGGGAUGUUUAUUACGAACCCGAGUCUGGGAAGGAGCUGGUGAUUUCAAGUCCACUGCCACUCCCUCUUCGGUCUCUUUCCCCCCCGUAAGGACAGACACUCGGUUAGAGAUGACGGGAGAGAGUCAGUGGAGUCGAGCAUCCCUUAGCAAACCACGGGUUCUGUGUGCUGGUGUUGGAACGGCCGGCUGUCACAAGAGAUGCUGCCGAGAGUGCUAGCCGUGGGUGGUCAGGUCUUUCCUUGGGGUGUUCAGCCCCUGCCGUACCUCGCCUCGGGGGCUUCAGGCAGCGAGUUUAUACGAAGCAGGUGGUUCUGCCCUGACCCUGGCUUUCAGGCAUGGCAGUGUGCUGCGUCAAUACUGCCUCUUGCCCAGUGGAGACCAGGAGGCCCGCGUGUUCCUUCAGGGGACAGAGUUGACCAGCACAGCACAGCUUCACUGGGCCUGGGGUGCACACUGAAGAGCUGCCUGGGUUAACUUGCCUACACACAAGUCUUCAUUGAGUUUGGCCUACCAAGCACUGCUUAGAAACAGGAAAACAGAUCACAUGUUUAUGUAUAUAGUUUGUAAGAUGUAGCAUCAAAGGGGGCAGGAGUGAAGAAGGUGAAGAGCUGCCCGGAAUAUUAAACCAGCCAUAAAAAAGUGAGCGUAAGCUUCCGCUUUGUGUGACCACAACUCUUCAUUUUCCCCAGAACCAAAAGAGUUGUAGGUGAAUAUGCUCUCUCCCAGCCUUGGGCCUUCACACAAGCUGUUUCAGCAAUGUUUAGACUACAUCUUUUUUGUCUCAGCAAUAAAAAUGAGGACUCCCUCAUUUUUAUUUUGGGUGAUGCUGUUCAAAAAUAAACUUUGCCCUCUGGGAGCCCCCUUUCCUUUAUCCUAGUGUUAGGAUUUGCGGUGGGCCAGACUUGCGCUCUGAGUUUGCUUGCCAGUCUUGAGAUGUAGGGAGUCCGUGAGGACAGCAUGGUACCGCCUCUGCGGCAGACACCAGUGCCUUAACCGUGCGGCUGUCCUCUUGCCGGAGGGAGGCGAGGCUUCCCCCGCCCCGAGUGGCAGUGCCCUGCCGUUCCUGGUGGGUCACGCUGCCUUCCACGGGGCAGCAGCAGCCUGUUCGGGGUGUGAUCUCGGCCUGCUCCGAGAGCGUGAGGGGAACCU